AUGCAACUAAACUCCCUGCUUUUUCUGCAAAACCGUCUACUGUCGUCCAUACCUCACACACACAGCGCUAAUUUUGUAGCAUAUUCGCUAAAACGAACGCAGCGGCAAAAAGGUUUCAAACAAAAGGCCUCUAUCACGUGCGCCUACUGCGAUUCUUCGUCUAACGGCGGCGAUUUACGAGCGGUGGACAGGCUGAGGCCUCGUUGCUUCCUCGCCUGUGCUCGUUGUAUCCACUUCUCCUGUUGGACGGAAGCCCACCUUAGUCGGCAUCGUCAAGAUCACUCUGAUCAUGUACUAUAUAUUUGUUUGGAGCGUGGAGAAUUAUAUUGUGCCGCCUGUAAAGACUUCGUUUAUCAUCCAACAGCAGAACAGGUUCAUCGGGCAGCCCGUCAUAUUUACUUCUCCCAAUUUGGUCUCUCCAGCCAACCAUGGCGUCCGUCGUUCGAGGAACUCAAGCUGUUACCGCACAUUGGCUCUGUGGUCCCGCUCUCCACCAAAGUUGGCUCUCGACCUACACGUGGCCUCAUCAACAUGGGCAACACCUGCUUCCUCAAUGUAGUCAUACAGGCGCUCACACAUACUCCAGUUCUGCGAGACUAUCUUCUCGCAGACUUCCAUCGCUGUAGUAGUCCGGCGCGAUCGCGUAAUUGUCUCGCCUGCGAGAUGAUUCGGGUCACUCAGGAGAUCUACAGUCCCGUUCAUGCGCCGUUUGUUCCGAGCAACUUACUCUACGCAAUCUGGCUUCACGCUAGUCAUUUGGCCGGAUACGAACAGCGCGACGCACAUGAAUUUCUCAUCACUCUUUUGACUUUAAUUCAUGGUCAUUUGGUCGGAGAACAUGCCCCACUUGAAGACUCCGUGACGGAGAAGGUUCUACUCCCAAAGAGGCGGUUAACGGUUGAUUCCCUUUCGGACAACUCUUCCUCCUCGUCAUCAUCUGAUUACAAACAUCUAGACAGACGCAAGACGACCGAUUGCCCACAUCCGCUUUUAAACGGAACUAAAACGAUGGUGGUAGAUUCAUUGGAUCGACGCGUGGUACCAGGCUGUAAACGAGCUUGUCCGCCUGAUCCUCCUCCUUCCGAAUCCGUCAGUUCUCAGACCUCCGUCUCCAGUUCCCGAGAAAGUGGGGAAUCAUGCGAUUGCAUUGUACAUCAGGUGUUUUUCGGGGAUUUGGAAUCCGUUAUCUCCUAUGAAGGCUGCGGGCACAGUUCUUCCACAGUGGACCCAUUCCUUGAUCUGUCACUCGAUGUGAUACAACGUGGGUCUACGUCACUGCAAGCCUGUUUGACCUCAUACUUCCGACCUGAAUCCAUCGAUGGCCUCAUCUUGUGCUCCCAAUGCAACGUUGGUCGACCGGCGGUGAAACAGUUCAGUCUACUACACCUCCCCAACGUUCUUUGCUUCUACUUGAAAGUGAGCCCGCUUAGACACGUUUAUCUUGUGCAUGUUUGA